CAAUUGGGAAUUAAAUCUACUUUCCUUAGUGAAAAAAGUCUACAAGUCAAGAAGUCUACAUCAACUCCUCUGGCUCAGAGUUUAGAAAACUCUCCAAUGGCUGCUACAAUUCUCUCCAUGUUCUAUGUACGAAGCAUAAUUAGAUUCAUAAAAUGAAAAUAGGCAUGCUAAAAAUGUACACAUAUUACAUUCUCCGCCGUGUCUCGAGGUUUGCUGAGAUAAUCAUCAACACGAGAUACAAUAAAAAAAAAGGUGAGAUAAUAAAGCCAUAAAAGUAAGGUACGCCAAUUGCUGAAACUGCGGAAUGUGCUUAUAAAACCUCAACAAACUGCCGAAAAAUGUAUCAGUUGCACAUCGCUAGAACUUUCAACAAGUUAAGAAGAUGCUGUGCCAGAGACAACAGCUCAUCCUGCUCGGAGUCCUGCUGGCGGCCGGCUUAUCCACGGCCGACGAGGUGCACAAUAUCGAAGAGCUGACUGGUCGCAGAUUUCACAAAGCCCGAUUCUCAACGGAUGUGGCCACCGAUAAGUACACGCCGCCGGAGGAGAAGGAUCCUCAGUUCUGGUACGACUUGGCGCAUGAAGAGAUCGCCAAGAGGCUCCAAUUACCGCAACCCGAUGCGAAACGGGCCAAGAAUGUGAUCCUGUUUCUGGGCGACGGCAUGUCCCUGACCACCGUGGCGGCGGCGAGAAUCCUCAAAGGUCAGCGCCAGGGCAAAACGGGCGAAGAGUCCUCGCUCAGCUUUGAGCAGUUCCCCUACACAGGUCUUAGCAGGACUUACUGCUCCAAUGCCCAGGUGCCGGACUCGGCAUGCACAGCCACCGCCUAUCUGUGCGGCGUGAAGACGAACAUCAUCGAGAUCGGGGUCAGCGCUGCGGUCAACUUCAAUAACUGCACCGAGAGUCAGACGCCUGAGAACCGGCUGACCUCCAUUGCGGAGUGGGCACAGAACGCGGGCAAAUCCACGGGCAUUGUGACCACGACGACGCUAACCCAUGCGAGUCCCUCGGGCGCCUACGCCAAGACAGCCAAUCGCAAUUGGGAGUGCGAUACGGAUGUCGCCAGCUACGGCGUGGAUCCCAGCGAAUGCGUUGACAUGGCCACCCAGCUGAUUACUCAGGUGCCUGGCAAGAAUUUUGAUAUAAUGUUCGGCGGCGGCAUGGGAAAAUUUCUGCCCAAAUCUAUACAGGAUUCGCACGGUAAUCCCGGCGAGCGCUCCGAUGGCGUCAAUCUGCUCGCCAGCUGGCAGGCCAGGCACGAGGGCGGCGUCCUGGUCACCAAUCGCAAGCAGCUGCUCAGCGUCAACGUGUCGGCCGUGUCCAGCAUCAUUGGACUCUUCCAGUCCAGCCUUAUGAAAUUUCACCUGGAAGCCGAUGAGAGCUACCAGCCAACGCUCUCCGAGCUGACCGAGGUCACGAUCAAGAAGCUGAGCCAAAAUAAGAAUGGCUACUUUGCAUUCAUAGAAGGUGGCCUGAUCGAUUAUGGCAAUCAUUAUACCAAGGCGGGCUACGCGCUGGAUGAGGCUUUGGAGUUCGAGAAGGCCAUUCAGCUGGCCCGCGAUAUGACCGACAUUGAGGACACGUUGAUUGUGGUCACAUCGGAUCAUGCGCACACGCUGUCCAUUGCCGGCUAUCCGGGACGCGGCACACCCAUCCUGGGCCUCAAUCAGCAUGACACCGACAUCAAUGGCAUCAAGUACAGCACGCUCAACUAUGCCGUCGGACCCAAAAACUAUCUGGACGAGAAGGGACAGCGCAUCGAUCUGACCGAUCAAAUUGGCGGCAAUGACUUCGUCUACCCCGGUUAUAUAACCAAGGAUCAGGGCACCCAUUCGGGCGACGAUGUGGGCAUCUUUGCCUCCGGGCCGCAAAGCCAUCUCUUCACGGGCAUGAUGCAACAGAGCACGAUUCCGCAUCUGAUGGCCUAUGCCGCCUGCAUUGGCGACGGGCCCCAGCUCUGCGAUGCCAAGUAGAGCGAAUGCUUUCCACUUCCUUUUCCAUUAAAAGUGGCUUCCAUUUAGUUCCGCUUUUUGUCCAAUAAAUCACUGCUCAGGGAAAGUAGAUCCAUGAUUAUUAAAAGCUGUCUUUUGCUCCCCGUACGGAAUACAUCUCCCAAGAUUCAAAUAUCUCAUAUUGUGCCUCGUUGCAGACAGCCAUAUAAAUAUUUAUAGGCAUAAUAUAACCACAAGACCAUGAUCCAAACUUAUUACGGUCCAUAAGCAAAAAGAUUACAAAGCUUCUGAACUUUAUGUUGGGCGUUUUUUUUAGGUUGUUGUUGUCCUAUCUUGGUCUGGUCCAAAAUUAGUUAAGCCCAUUUAUGGACGGAUAGCACUCGUGUGGCAUACAUUUAACAACACUUAUGAUGCCUUUUAUUAAGUUAGGACUGUUUUUUUUUAACUCUUUCUUGUCUCUGUUGACAGUAAAUUAAAUUGGAAGAUGGGGUUCGAAUCGAUCCGAUUAAAGGUCUAGUUCAGUUUAGGUU